GUUCAGCGUUUCCUGGGGAGGAGACUGGUCUGCUUUAGUUGCUGUGCCACAUCACACAACACAACACAUCGGUGAUAGCUGUGUAAACAGGGCCUGUGGCCAUGGCUAAAGACCCGUUGGCAGAGGCUGGCAUUUAUUUUGAUGAACUCAAUAAGCUCAGGGUACUGGAGCCUGAUGUGGGCCAGAAGACCUCAGAGCUGAAGGAGGAGUGUAAAGAAUUUGUGGACAAAAUUGGCCAGUUUCAGAAGAUAGUUGGAGGUCUGAUUGAACUGGUUGAUGAACUGGCAAAAGAAGCAGAGACAGAAAAGAUGAAGGCGAUAGGAGCCAGAAACCUGCUGAAGUCAGUAGCAAAACAAAGGGAGGCUCAACAGCAGCAGCUUCAGGCUCUCAUUGCAGAAAAAAAGAUGCAACUUGAGAGUGACAGAUGUUACCUACCCAUGCUGGACUAAAACACACAAAAGUAACACUCAAUAUUAUUAAUCAUAUUUUCCUGUACGAGAGGGAAGGUUCCUUUACCAACUUCCACGGAGUAAAAGUCAAUAACAAUGAUAUAUAUUUGAUUGUAUAAAACCUGCCUCUGAUCUGAUUCCAUAUGAUCAGAACCCUUCAUGCUACUUUUAAGUGCUCAGUAAAAUGUUGUCUUCCCAGGUUCUGACAAAGCAACUUUUAUCAGGCUCACACAUUUUACUGUAAAUGCUUUGAAGUUCCUCUCAGGGCUUGAAUUUAUAUGGUAUCUUUUAUUCAUUUUCACUUAACCAAUAUGUCUUUAGGUGCAUAUACAUAAACUGAAAAAUUUACUCUCAUCUACAACCCCAAAUCAGAAAAGGUUGACACGGUAUGUUACAUUUAAAAUUAAAACUGAGAACAGUGAUUUAUAAAUGAUCUUUGACCUGUAUUACAAUAAAAACAAUACAAAAGCACAUUACUUGAUGUUUGACCUCCAUGAAUUGUGUUUUUUCAAAAUAAACACUUGAUUCUUGCAACAUAUUUCAAAAAAAGUUGGGACAGUAAAGCAUCUAGCACUUUGUAAUGUUGCCUUUUCUUUUCACAACACUUUAAAGACGUUUAGGAACUCAAGACACCAAGUGAUGAAGCAUUUCAGGGGUCAUUUUGUCCCAUUCUUCCUGCAAACAAGUCUUAAGGUGUGCAACAGUACGGGCUCUCCAUUGUUGCAUUUUGUGUUUGAAAAUGCACCACAUAUUCUCUAUUGUGGCCAAGUCGGGACUGCACGCAGGCCAGUCCAGCACCCCCACCCUCUUCUUCCGCAGCCAUGCUGCUCCAAAAUCUCUAUGUACUUUUCAUCAUUAGUGGUGCCAUCACAGAAGUGUAAGUUACCUUUUAACAGGGGUACUGACACAAGCCCAUACAUGACAGACCCUGGCUUUUGGACUUGUUGCUGGUAACAGUCUGGAUGGUCCUUCUAUUCUUUAGUCCUGAGUACACAGCGUCCAUUUCUUCCAGAAAAGACCUGAAAUACUGACUCGUCUGACCACAAUACACGUUUCCACUGUGUUAUGGUCCAUCCCAGAUGCCUUCGAGCCCAGAGAAGUCGACGCCGCUUUCGAACACGGUUAACAUAAGGCGUCCUUUUGGCACAGUAAAGUUUUAACGGGCAUUUGUGGAUGUACUACGUAUUGUAGUGCUUGACAAAGGUUUGCCAAAGUAAUCCUGAGCCCAUGUGGUUAUAUUGCUUAUAGAUAAAUGACGGUUCUUGAUGCAGUGUUGUCUGAGGGAUCGGAGAGCACGGUUAGUCAGCUUAGGCUUGCACCCUUGAUCUUUAUGCACUGAAAUUUCUCCAGAUUCCUUGAAUAUUUUAAUGAUGUUAUGCACCGUAGAGGAUGAAAUAUCCAAAUCCCUUCAUAUCCUUCUUUGAGGAACACUGUUUUUAAACAUUUCUCACAUAUUUGUUGGCGAUCCUCGGCCCAUCUUUGCUCCUAAAGAGCUAGGCCAUUCCUGGAUGCUGCUUUUGUACCAAGUCAUGAUUACAAUCACCUAUUUCAAAUCACAUCAUUUUUUUAAUCAUUGUACCUCAUUUCUAGCCCUAAAUUGCCCCCGUCCCAACUUUCUUUGGAAUGUGUUGCAGGCCUGAAUGGCAGGAAUGGAUGUAUAUUAACAAAUAAAAUGAAGUUGACCAGACAAAACAUAAAAUAUCGUUUGUUCAUACUGUCUGCAAUGAAAUACAAGUCAAAUAAAAUGUAGAAAUCACUGCCGUUUUUUUUUGCAUUUUCCAUACCGUCCCAACUUUUUCUGAGUUGGGGUUGUAUAGAAUGUAAGCAUGCAUUUAACAUUUAUCAGCAGGAUAUAUUAUUUUAAAAAAACAGGGCAUCCAAUAUCAUAGAGCCACUCAGCAGUCAAUACAAUGGGCUGCUUUCCAGAACAGUUUGAGGUGUGUAAAAUUAGGUUGGAACAGUAAAUCGCUGAAAACGGAGUCACUUUCCUUCAUGUGAGUCAGUGAAAUAGCAGUCAGCCUCAUAUUGAUAUAGGUGUGUUUUCAACAGUAAGUUUAAGUGUAAAAUUUUAAAAUGGCUGAUUAUUUUCCUGAUAAGUCUUAUCAUGAUUUCUACUCUACACAGAAUUUGUAGUCACAUGA